AUGAUUACAAAAGCAAUUCCAUCCUCACCCUGGCGAGAGGCGUUCUGUGACGAGAAGCCGAUUGACUGUAAAACCAAGAUCUGCAAUGAGGGGGACUGCCAAUUCUGCGGCGACGCUGUAUUAAUCCCGCCCUGCCUGGCCACAGUGGUGCUCGGGGCGAUUCAUGUGCAGCGGAGAGCGGGGCUUCUCGCGACGUUGCCUGCGUUGGGCCGUUGCCGGUCGCCUGCCUUCGUCUCCCCGUUUACGUUUAUGCAGCGCCCAGUAGUGUUUAUCUUGUGUGUUGUGUUGUCGCCGGAUAUUUCAUACAAUGUGCCUUUUUUUUCGUUUGAAUAUGGUUUGCAUUUUAUAGGGUUUAUUUUAUUCAAUUUCCUACUCAUUUGGUUAGCGCUUAUUGUGUUGGCGCGUGUCAUGAACGUAUGUUUUAAUGAAUCGUGA